AUUAGACUCGUAACCAAUCAGCCCAUUAGUUUCAGUUCUUCCUGAGACUCCACCGAUCCUCUCUUCAUCUCCACCCGACCUCCACCCGACUAUGUUUCCGCCGGCGGCUCGCCUCGCGACGAAACGCCUUCUUGGCUUUCGUCAAGUUUUCCUUCAAUCUCCUGCAGUCUCCGCCGCCGCAGCUGCUGGAACCUCCAGAUCCUACUCUACUGCUCUAAAUUAUCAUAUUGACUCCCCCGAUAACAACCCUAAUGCACUAUGGGAGUUCAGCGCAUCCAAUCUGGAUAGGGUCAAAGAUAUACUUUCUCACUAUCCUUCAAACUACAAGCAAUCUGCUGUCAUUCCUUUAUUGGAUCUUGCGCAGCAGCAGCAUGGUGGAUGGAUUCCUGUUUCUGCAAUGAAUGAGAUUGCAAGGAUAGUUGAAGUUGCUCCAAUUCGUGUUUAUGAAGUUGCUACAUUUUAUUCAAUGUUCAACCGGAUGAAGGUUGGUAAAUAUCAUCUUUUGGUUUGUGGCACAACACCAUGCAUGAUACGUGGAUCACGUGACAUAGAAGAAACUUUGCUAAAACACCUUGGAGUGAAGCGUAAUGAGGUUACUAAGGAUGGCUUGUUUUCUGUUGGAGAAAUGGAAUGCAUGGGUUGCUGUGUAAACGCGCCGAUGAUUGCUGUGGCUGACUACUCCAAAGGAUCUGAAGGAUACACAUAUAAUUAUUACGAAGACCUCACUCCCAAGCGAGUUGUAGAGAUUGUGGAGAUGCUGAGGAGAGGAGAAACACCUCCAGUUGGUACACAAAACCCAAAUCGCAUCAGAGGUGGACCUGAAGGUGGCAAUAUCACCUUGCUUGGUGAACCAAAACCUCCACCAUGCAGAGAUCUGGAUGCUUGCUGAUUGUUCUUCCCUUUUAUUUAGCUGCCAAUCAUAAGAGAGGAAGAUAGAGAACGAGAUUCCUCGUUAACCUUGUUCAGGCUGUUAAGUUUCGCCUUCCUCUAUUUCAGAAGUUAUUUUACGACAUUCUACUGGUUUACAGGGUACUUGACAGUCUGCCUGCAUUGUAAUCUUUGUACCAUGUGAGUUUGAUAUUCCCAUGAUAGGCAGAAUUAUAAAUUUUAAUGAAAUGGGGGUUUGCUAUUA